UCAUUCGAGUCAGGUGUCUUUUGUGUAGCUUUCAAAAUUUUCAUUGCCUUUUUCUGACAAUACAUAAAAAGACUUCGUGUCCGACUGUUCCUGUUUUCGGCUUACGGUUCCCCGAUUCACAUUCAGCGUUUUCUUUUCCCCAUGGGGGAUCGGGGUAAGAUCGAGGAGGCGGUCGACUUCGAGACGGCUAUUGCUGAGUGCGGAUUUGGGCUCUUCAACGUGUUCAUCCUGUUCAGCGCUGCGCCCUGCUUGGCGGCUAUGGUCUUUUCAGCUUCAGCACUCUCCUAUGUGAUGCCCUCUGCGGAGUGCGACUUGAACCUGACACUCGUCCAGAAGGGAAUGCUGAACGCGGCCACCUAUGGCGGCAUGAUCCUUUCGGCGGUGCCCUGGGGCUUUAUGGCUGACACCUUCGGACGCCGGCCUGUGCUCAUUUCUGGAGGCUGGUUAGACGGAAUCUUCAUCCUGUGUGCCGCUCUCAGCCAGUCCACCUUGCAUCUGAUGAUCUUCAAGUUCCUUGACGGAUUAAUCAUCUGUGGCCCCUUUGCGGUGGUGGUCAGCUACCUGGCGGAGUUCCAUGGCAAGAAGCACCGACCGUACAUAAUGCUCUUUGUCGGCUUAGCCGUGUCUAUGGGCUCGAUGCUGCUGCCCUUCCUAGCCUACAUCCUCAUGCCGGUGUCCAUCUACUUUAAGGUGGGCUCUCUGGAGUUUCGAACCUGGCACGUGUUUCUUGCCAUUUCGGCGGUGCCCAGUCUACUGAGUGGAUUUCUACAUAUGUUCCUGCCGGAGAGCCCCAAGUUCCUGAUGGCCCAGGGAAACUACAACAAGGCCCUGAAGUGCCUGCAGCGAAUUUAUCACAUCAACAAACGCAAGAGCAGAGACAGCUAUCCGGUGAAACAUCUAACCGAUGCCGUGCCGGAUCGAUCUGAGACCCUGGAGGAAAGUGGGCGAUCGUCGUCCCUCAAGGAGCGAUUCCAAAAGGCGAAAGAAAAAUUCUUGGAGGGAGCCCGGCAGAUCAAGCCGAUGUUUCGGAAGCCGUAUUUGUCCAUAUCCAUCCAAGUUUACUGUCUGCAUUUCUGCCAGAUAACCUGCGUCAACUCUGUGCGGUUGUGGCUGCCCCAGAUUUUCGCCACGAUGCAUGUCAUGGAGACCCAGGGAUUCAACGACACCAGCAUGUGCGCCGUGGUGGAGCACAACAACCUGGCCUUGACUCGCAAUUCGGCGGAAAAGAAAGAGGAAUGCGAUCUACAUCACAGCCCGGAUAGCUACUUGGACAACAUAACGGUGUCAGCCAUUGGACUGCUCGGAUUCAUCCUAAUCUUUCCACUGCUGCGCAUCCGGCUUGUAGCGAAUCACAUACUGAAGGUGUUCCUGUUCUGCAGCACCUUCCUGGUGGGUGGACUCUACUUUUGCAAGGACUCCCUGGUGACAAUGCUGGUCUCUGCCAUUUAUCUCACGUUGAUGGGAAUCUGUGCCACCACCAUAAUCAGCAUGUCUGUAGUGAUUUUUCCCACUCUUAUGAGGACAAUGGUGCUGAUGCUGAUCAUGACCUUCGGACGCUUCGGCUCUGUAAGCGGAAACAUUAUGUUGCCUAUUUUUAUGCAAAUGAGCUGUCUGGCGCCGUUCCUUUGGCUCUGCACCCUGAUGUCUGUUGCCUUCUUCUUUUCGGUGUUCCUGAAGGUAGACGAUCAGCAGGCCCUCGCCUAGGCGAAGACCCUCCCGGGUCAUCUGGAUUAAUCAAGGCAGUCGACCAACCGCUUCAUGCGGUUAACUCGACAUAAUUACACUUUAUUUGCAGUCACAAACACACCGCUUUGAUUAAUUUCUACAUAAAGGCAACAAACAAACAAUAA